CAACGUUAUUUAGAUUAUAAAAUGAAUAAGUAAUACGAACUAAAAUUAUCAUUUGAUACACGUGAAAGUCAGUUAUCGUAGUUUUAAUAAGUUUUUCAGUUUACAAUGGCUAUAGUACCUACAGUAUCAUAUUCGUUAGAAGAAUUUUGGAAAAGUAAUCCUGAUAUUAAGAAAUCGGAUCUACAAAUCAUUCGCGAUUGGCUCGAUAAGGAAUCUCAUUUGCCAAAGAUAAACGACGAGUCAUUACUUUUAUUUUUUCACAGUAAUUAUUAUCGACUAGAACCAACUAAGACCACGAUAGAAAACUAUUUUACUUUCAAAACUCAUGUGCCCGAAUUUUUCGCCAAUAGAGACCCAUUCUUAAAAGAAAUUCGUACACAAUCCAGUAUCAUACGUGUUUUUCCAGUGAAGGAAUUAACCAAGGAAGGAUAUCAAAUGAUAUAUGCAGAUUUGGCGCAUUCUGAUCCAUCUUCUUAUGUCUUUUAUGAUGCCACUAAAUAUUUUUUAAUGGCAGUAGAGUUGGGCACUUAUAAAGUAGGACCAGUUAACGGAUUGGUGUUUAUUACUGAUGUACAGAACAUAACGUUGGGUCAUGUAGGUCGUAUAAAUAUUAUGGGACUUAAGAAAUUUAUAUAUUUUGUACAAGAGGCGGCACCUAUUCGUUUGAAACAAAUAUAUGUAUUGAAUUGGAAUUCGGCGGUUGAAACUCUACUAAAUAUAGCAAAGCCCUUCAUGAAGAAGGAACUAUAUGAAUUGAUAAACUUGACAACUGUAGAAAAAUUGAAAAAAUUCAUACCCUUUGAUGCACUUCCAAAUGAGAUAGGUGGCAAAAGCGGUAAUAUCAAAGAUCUCGCUAACAAGCAAAACCAAUUGAUCGAUGACAAUCGCGAAUACUUUUUAAUGGAUGAGGCAAAGAAUAAGACUAACGAAUCGUUAAGAAUUGGGAAGCCUACAUUUGCAAAUGACCUUUUUGGUGUCGACGGGAGCUUCAAAAAACUCGAGAUCGAUUGAGCGGAUAUCUUUAUACCUUUAUACCUUUAUACCUAUCUUUAUAUCUUUGUAUCUUUAUUUGCUUUUAUUAGCUGCGUUUUAUGCGUUGUUUUAUGCGUAUAUAUUUAUAUAGGGAAGGUCUAUAUUUUCAUAUUUUUUAAUAUAUUCACAUGGUAAUUCUAUUUUAUCCUUGCAUUAUUCAAUCAAAUUAAUACGAUCUUAUGAAAUAAAAUCUUGUACGAGUCACUUUUUGCUUAUUAAUCGACUGUUACAUCAUAAUACUUCGAUGAUAUAACUCUUUUAAGACUCUUCUCUAACACGCAAUAACAUAAUUACAGAAUAGAAGGAGAUUCCAAACUACAAUUGUAUUUAACUCCUUUACAAAUUUUAUCAACAGAAUCAAGAACUGAUGUGUUUCGCACACAUUCCAAAAUCUUUAUAUUAAAUCAUAUAUAUAUGACAUAUGUGAAUUUACAUUUUUAUAUCAUCCUAAUGAAAUAUGCUAUCUAUGCUAAGAUUGCAUUCGUAAUUUUGAAGUCAAUGGUACCAAAUCUUUUCUAAAGGAGCAAAAUAAGAAAUAAAAGGAGAACAAUGCAUUUAUAAUUAUGUGUAAUUACGCAUGUGUAUUCUCAUCUGACCCACAUGACGAAAAAUAUCCUUAAAUGACUUCGUGUGAUUUGUCCGAUUAUGAAAUUAUAUAUACAGGGUAACAUCAACAUGUCACGCAGUUGUCAAUC